AUGGAGCCAACUCGGGAGCGCCUGGUUCAGAGCCUCGAGCUCAAGCUAGGCGAUCUCGAGCACAAGGUUCAGGCCUACCGCCACGAACUGGUUGUCGAAUUUCAGCACUACUACGACCAGACGCUCAACGAUGUCACACCCGCUAUCGCCGACGAGGUCGAGCGGUCAAUCCAAGCAUCGCUGAGUGACAGAUAUCCAGCUCUCAGCCCAGAGCUCACGCUUGCUGGUUUUCGUCCUGCUCACGCUCACCAGGCUGACUCACCUGGGCGAUCAUCUCUUUCCGGCCGGCCUUCUCCGCCACCCGCCGUAUUCGGCCCUCCCGUAGCCGCGGACAAUUCCCAUGAUCGAGAGCACGAGUUCCCGGGACUGUUUACUCCCUUUUUCCUCCCUUUGCUGGAGAGCUCACCUCCCGUGCCCAGCUCGCUGCCAGCAAUUCAGUCGCUGCCUAUGCCAAUGGUAGAAGGCAGUGGAAUGGGCAAUGAUGCUGGAGCACCCAGCUCAGCUGAUCAGCAGAAAGGGAUCCAAGACAUGGAGGGGCCCAGCGAGACCGGGGGCCACGCGCAAGGCACGUCACAGGCACAGGCACAGGCACCGUCCGAGUCAUCAGCGCAGGCAGCCUCGCAGUCCGCCGCAAGGCGACCAAGCAAUGGUCGACGUGCCACCGAUGACACACCACUCUCUCCAGGAUCUGAUAAAAGCGAAACCAAAACACCACGAAGCGCCCUACGCCGGUCAUCUAUUUUAUCCAAGCAGUCUCAGCCAAGUCCUCGCCGAGUUCGCUUCGAAUUCCAGGGCGCUGAGGUUCUACCCACUGCUUCGCCGCAAAUCGGUGAUCCUUUUCUCCCACGACUGACUGCUCCCGGCGCAUCGGACAAUACGCGAUCCUCUGGCGAGAUCUUGGGCGACGACAUUGGAGAGGACAACUCUUCCUUCAACAUAGGACUCCCGCCCCGCAAGAUAUCUUCCUCGGAUGCCCUGAGGGCUCUAUCACGGGCGCCUUUGGACGAGGGCACUGUUUGGACUGUUGUCAACCCAACCGCAUCUGACGAAAACACUUCGAAUUCUUCAAGCCCGCUAUCGGCUGCCCCAACCACUACUGCGCCUGUCCCAAGUGUGACAGCUGAAGCGACGAUGGCGGCAGCAAAUUCUGCGGCGGCCAAGGCUACCGCACUACCAACGACGAUAAAGGCACCCGAGACAAAUCAUAGCAUUACUACAACUAAUAAUUUGGAAGGCAUCAAUCAGGGGGCUGAGAGCGAAGACUCUUCCGACGAAGAAUUCCUAUCAAUGGGCCAAUCUCGCUCAUCAAUAAGUGAAAAGCCGAAGGAGACAAAUGCGAAGGAGGCGCCAAAAGAGAAUGGGGAGAGACUGGAGCUCAUCAGCCCGCUGCCCACAAACGAACCCAGCUCCACAACCAAGGCUGUUGAGGACAAAGAUUUAUAUUCUCCAGACGAAUUUGAGUCUGAUGAGAUGUUCCUUUUCGAAACUGGUGGCCUGAGUGCGCCUCCACGACCACGACAGCCAAGACCACCCAAGCCUGAGUCUCCCGAACAGUCACCACCCCCUUCUCCUCGCAACAGAUACAACGAUAUCUCCGAACCAUCACCUUACAGUAAAUCGCCUGCCGUUGCGAUUUCAAGGCCAUCUGGCCCAAUUACACCUACCUCAGCAAAAUUCGCUGUUGGGUCCCUGGGAUCAUACAAGGGGCGCCCUGUGGUGAUGCCAAUUGUGAAAGAUCCAGAUUUGCAUGCUCAAGUUGCUUCACUUGGGAAUUUCAAUACGUUCGUUGGGGGGCUGGAUGGGCGCACCGGAGUUGACGAAGGUGACCUGAACAGCUUUCGGGCAAGCUUAGCCCAAGGCGACUUCUCCGGAACCCCCCGCAGUCUGACUGAGAGAAUGAUGAUGGAGGAAGCACGUGGCGACAGAAACACCCGGGUUUGA